CAGGCCCUGCAGCCUAGGGAGUACAAAGAAGCAUUAGGUCAAAUUGUUUUCCGAGCACAAUCUUUGACUUGAACAUCACAAAAUAGUAUUGCCGAUAUUGAGACAAGACAACCAGGACGCAAUGUCUUGUUCGACAAUCGUCGUCCAACCCUCGAAGCCACACACGCAUACCGUGGUCUUCCUCCAUGGGCGUGGCGACAACGCGCAAAACUUUGCGGCGUCGUUGGCGUACUCCCGAGAUUCUCGGAACCGCACCCUCGCUGACGCAUUCCCUUCGUUCCGCUGGGUGUUUCCCCAGGCGAAAGUAGGACAGUCGGCGGCGUUCCCCGGCGGUGCGGUGUCGCAGUGGUUCGACAUAUGGAAUGUGUCUGACUUCUCCGAACGCGAAGGGAUCCAGGCCGAGGGGUUGAGGGAGAGUGUCGCCGGCAUACGAGAGAUCAUCGCCUCCGAGGCUCGACUGCUGGAGGGCAGGUGGAGUCGCAUUGUCCUCGCGGGCAUCAGCCAGGGGGCGGCAACCGGCGUCCACACUCUCCUCAACCUCGAUCUUCCCCAAGGAGAAGACAGAUUGGGGGCUUUCCUCGGCUUCUCUUGCCGCAUGCCGUUUCCUGGGAGAACUCUGGCGGAGACGCGGGAAGUCUUGGGGCUGCGAGACGUUCCGGAAGGCAACAUUCUGUUGCGUCAGACUCCCAUGCUGCUCGAGCAUUGUGUCGAUGAUCCGCUCGUUCUGGUUGCGAACGGUUGUGUUCUGAGAGAUACGUUACUUGGAUUCGGUGCCCAAGUAGAAUGGAAAGAGUAUCUGGAUGGAGGGCACUGGUUUAAUUCACCGACCGGUAUGGAUGAUGCUGUCAAAUUCUUGGAGUCUCAGUUGGGAUGAGUUACAAAGCCUAUCAAAGAUGGAAAUCCUCAAAUCGUAAGGGGUCUUUUUUGAGCGUGUAUCUCAGUGGCACCCAUCUUUGAAAACGACUUCACAUUUC